AUGACUGGUACCGUCAUUUCCGCUAUUGUAGGCGCCAUCGAGGCCGUCGUCUCCGCCAUUGCGAGCGUGAUCAUGAUUAUCGUGAGCGUCAUCGCGACGAUCAUCGUCACCAUCUUCGAUGUCAUCUUCGACAUCAUCUGCUGCAAUUGGUUCGGAGGCCGCACACGGAGAACCGGCACACAUUCAUACAGGUGGGGGCUGUGA